UCAUCAUAGCCCCGCCCACUUUGUGACGUGUGCUGACGUCGCAUGGUUGAGCGGUGAGAGAGGACAAGCUGCUUUAAUUUGGCGGAGAGGGGACGGUGGUGGUAAGAGCCAUCCGGCCAGCGAUGGCUUCCCUCAGGCAGGAGCACCUCUACGGGCUGACGUGUAGAAAGAGCAGUAAAAGCAGCCCCGACAGGACAUUUUACCACGUCAAGCUCACCGACAGCGCCAUUCGAGCCCUCGAGGCUUACCAGAACCUGAAGGCUAAUUUACCAAGUGAGCCGUUGAUUAGUUUCAAGGGGAGUCAUGGGUACAUCAAGCUGCCAGCUCCUACAGCCGAGUCGCCCAAUGCUCUUCGCGUCUUCUCCUUCUACCUAUCCAGCGAUUGCAAAGACCAACCACAGGCCAGCUUUGACUGCAUCCAUCAAUAUGUUUCAAGUGACGGCCGUGAACAGCUGGAAGGUCAAGGGGUCAUCCAGGACAAGAUCACAGUGUGCGCCACCGAGGACUCCUACCAGAUGACCCGUGAGAGGAUGUCUCAAGUGGAGAAGGAUUGCUGGAGUCGCUCCGCCAUCGAGAUCAAACCGGGAGUCUCACACCCCAGCAAAAGCAUCAAGUUCCAAAAGAGGCCACCUCUACCAUCUGCAUCAGACGGCGGCUCUUGCAAACCUCCCGUAACAAGCCGGUGGAGCGGCAGCAUGUCCUCGGUCAACCAGAAGUCCCUCAGGGAGCGCAUCAUUCACCUGCUGGCUCUCAAGCCUUACAGGAAGCCAGAGCUGCUGUUGUGGCUGGAGAGGGAACGUGUCUCGUCCAAGGACAAGGCAGAGCUUGGAGCCAUACUGGAUGAGGUAGCAAAGGUAAACCUCAAAGACAGCAGCUACAUGUUGAGAGACGACUUCUACAAGCAUGUGCGAAGGGACUGGCCCAGCUACAACGAGGAGGAGCGGCAGCUGGUCAGCAAGUUGUUGUCACGGAAGUUACAGCCUCAAGUCAAUGGCCAGUCAAAGAACCCCCAAGCCAAUGGAUCAAUACUGAUGACGCCGGAGGACAGAACACUACAUCACAGCAUCGCAAAGAACCCAGUAGUGAAGCGCCCCAUACAUUCUGAUUCCCUACCAGCUUUGGCCACAAAGCGACAAAGACUAAGUGAUCACAGAAUGCAGCAGCAGCCGGCUACCAAUGGACUCAUAAACAAUAAGAAAGUGCAUGGUAAUGCACAUCCCUGUUUCCACUCACACAAGACUGAUUUACCGGGGACUCAUAACACAACGGGCAAUUAUGACGGCUCGCCAGGAGGGCAACACUGUUCUCCUCUAACUUACCAAGUGUUGAGUAUCUCUGAUGUGUCCGGCCAACACGGAACCAAAGCUAUAAACCACAAUCAACCACGAGUUCAGUUGGACGGGGCUCAGCCGCCGCAACAGCAGCAGCAAAGAAAGAAGAAAUCCAAAAAGCACAAAGAGCGGGAAAGGUUAAAAGACAAACAGGACAGUGGAUGGUCAGAGAGCAGUCCUGAUCUCAAGCAGAACCAGGACAAACUUGGGAAUUGUGACAUCACAAAUGACAUGGACUCCAAGGAGAAGCCUGAUUAUGCACUCAUGUAUGUAAGAGUCACCACCUUGGAGCAACGUCAGCGGUACCAGGAGGAUUUCAGCGCCGAGUACAAUGAAUACAAAGACCUCCACACCCGAAUAGCCACCAUAACGCACAUGUUUGUUCAGCUUGGGGCCAAAAUCAAAAGCAUGUCACCCGGCAGUAAAGAACACAAGGUAAUGGAAGAUCAAAUAUUAGAAAAAUACAACAAGUAUCGAAAGAAGUUUCCAGGCUACCAGGAAGAGAAGAAGCGCUGUGAAUAUCUACACCAGAAACUGUCCUUCAUCAAGCAGCUCAUCAUGGACUACGAUGUAUCGCGGACGUCCUCGUAGCGAUGGCUCUCCCUUCCGUGCUAACAGGGAAGACGUGUAACACCCAUGGACAAUAAUCACUUUCAAGAUGAUUUCAAUGAGGCCCCGAACAGGGAUCGUACAAAUAGUCUUACAUUUUUAAGCAGGUUACUUGUAAAGUGAAAAAGACAAACACUGAACAGCAUCAACUUCCAAAUGCACAUGAGAGUGGCGUCCUUUGUGACGCUGCAAGAAAGCCUUGUGGUCCGCUGCUUAGCUAGUGCCUCCUGUUCUCUGCUGUAGCAUUGACUUUUGUGUUAAUUUAUCUUUUAACCAAAGUUGAUUUCCUCUGGUUCAGCUUCAUAUUUAUAUAGUUGUACUCACCCUCCAUCUAUCUGAUUGCAGCUGACUUUGAAUUAGAUUUCUUGCUUAAAGCUGCUGCCCCCAUUGCACUUGAUUAUUAAGUAUUUAUUCAGCACAGCCUUUCAGUUUUGACUUAAAUUGGUUGGUGAAUGUUUGACGUUUCUCGCUCAUUCAGUGACGUGACACAGAGUAUUUUUCUUGGAACUGCUGAUGUAUUUAUUUUAAGGCAGCCUUCUUCCGUCCUCUAAUGCUGGCCUUUUUGUAGAUUAAGGCAUGGGGUCACAUGACAUCUUAUCCAAACACUGUGAGAGAAGAGAGGGAGCGGAGUAACCUUUAGCCUUAUGUAACUUACUUAUACACUUCCUGUAAAAGCUGGCAUUUUUUCCACUUUUUUUCCCCACUCGCUGUUUUGUAGAAACCGCACGUCCUCGCAAUUUUCCACCUAUAAGGGGUUAGUUUUAUGGCCGUAAAAGAUAGGGCAGCAUCUGUGUAAACGACUACUGA